AUGGAUCAAGGGAAAAAGAAGCAAGAUAAGCACAGCCGUAACACUUUCGGCAUGAUCCAGUUUUCGCCUGCGUUUUUCAAGCCACUCAGAAUGUUGGAGUUCAAUGAAGUCUUUGCACACGAGCAGAACAUUCGGCACAAGUUCGUUGCAGAGUCCCAGGGCACACUCAUGGCAAUUUUGCCUGUCCAUACAUGUGAGGAACGUGACCUUUUCCAGCUCCUCGUCCAGUCAUCCCCAUUAUUUUCGGAUUCCAACCGGCAACCGAACUGGACAGCUCUCGCAGUCGUUUGGGCUGGACACGCUGAUGGUCGUAAUAUUUUCUAUAAGCUCCCAGAACACCUCAAGACAUACUACAAGACAUGGAUAGAUUUUUGCAACGAGCAAAACACGAUUUCGCUCAAUGCUGAAGUGAGUCGGCGCAUCCGUGCUCUCGUCCACUCUGCCCCAACCAAUGUCACCAUCAAAGCACCCACAGCACUCCCCACAACCCUGCAUGACUCACUGGCAGUCAGCCUAUGUGUUGACAUCGACGAGGUCAACUCAUGGCAGAUUGGCAAGCUACUCGCUGACUGUGCCCUGCAGCGGUCAGCAGUCCACUAUCUUUAUGCUGAUAGUAUGCACGUGCAUCCCUUGGUCGCAGGAUCCUCGCGUGAGCGCAAACGGAAGGCAGACAACCACCCUAUAGGCUACAACAGGAAGUUCAGAAGGUGUUAA